GUGGCUCCACGGGCGGGGGAGGCGGGGGAGGGAGGAGGAGCCAGACCAUAGCCGGCCGGAAACACCGACACCCACAGGCCUCCCGGGAGCCGCCGCUGCUGCCUCCGCCGCCGCCGCCUCCGCCGCCUGCUCCAGCUCGAGAGACGCGAGCGGGCGGCGGGGCGGGCCGUGAGAGAGACACGAGAGGAGGGAGGGCGGGGGCGGAGUCGCCCGCCUUCGCCUCCGCCCCCGGCCGCCGUCCCGGCCCCUGCCCCGCGCGGCUCUACCCGGCCCGCCCAGCCCCGGUGUGGCAGCGGCUUAUGGCGGCGCUGGGGCCCCCGGAGCAGCAGGUGCGGAUGGCCCAUCAGCAGGUCUGGGCGGCGCUCGAAGUGGCGCUCCGGGUGCCCUGCCUCUACAUCAUCGACGCCAUCUUCAACUCCUACUACGAUUCCAGCCAAAGCCGGUUCUGCAUCGGGCUCCAGAUCUUCCUCCGGCUCCUUGGUAUAUUUGUAUCCAGUAUUGUUCUGAUCUUGUCACAGCGAUCACUUUUCAAGUUUUACAUGUACAGCUCAGCCUUUCUAUUAGCUGCAACUUCAGUGUUGGUAAAUUAUUAUGCUGCUUUGCACAUUGACUUCUAUGGUGCCUACAACACAUCAGCUUUUGGAAUUGAGCUGCUUCCUCGAAAAGGGCCCUCGCUGUGGAUGGCACUCAUCGUUCUACAGCUAACAUUUGGAAUUGGAUACAUUACACUACUCCAAAUUCAUUCCGUCUAUUCACAGUUAAUUAUUUUGGAUCUCUUGGUUCCUGUAAUAGGCUUAAUCACAGAGCUACCAUUACACAUCCGAGAGACUUUAGUUUUUACCUCUUCCUUGAUUCUCACGUUAAAUACAGUGCUUGUCUUGGCAGUGAAACUUAAGUGGUUUUAUUAUUCCACAAGAUACGUUUAUCUUUUAGUAAGGCACAUGUAUCGAAUUUAUGGAUUACAGUUAUUAAUGGAGGACACAUGGAAGAGGAUUCGUUUCCCAGCUGUACUGAGAGUCUUUUGGCUAACAAGAAUUACAGCUCAGGCUACGGUAUUAAUGUACAUUUUAAGGAUGGCAAAUGAAACUGAUUCCUUCGUUAUUUCUUGGGAUGAUUUCUGGGACCUCAUUUGUAAUCUUAUAAUUAGUGGAUGUGAUUCCACACUCACUGUACUGGGCAUGAGUGCUGUAAUUUCCUCAAUAGCCCAUUAUUUGGGUCUUGGAAUAUUGGCCUUUAUUGGAUCAACUGAAGAAGAUGACAGGCGGCUUGGCUUUGUAGCACCUGUUUUAUUUUUUAUUUUGGCUCUUCAGACUGGUUUAAGUGGGCUAAGACCAGAAGAGAGACUUAUUCGCUUAAGUAGAAACAUGUGCCUUUUAUUAACAGCAGUCCUGCAUUUCAUCCACGGAAUGACAGACCCUGUAUUAAUGUCUCUCAGUGCCUCUCAUGUGUCAUCUUUUCGUAGACAUUUUCCUGUGCUCUUUGUCUCUGCUUGCCUGUUUAUUCUUCCUGUUAUACUCAGUUACGUUCUUUGGCAUCACUAUGCACUAAAUACAUGGUUGUUUGCAGUUACAGCCUUUUGUGUGGAACUCUGCUUAAAAGUAAUUGUUUCUCUCACUGUUUAUACGUUAUUCAUGAUUGAUGGCUACUAUAAUGUCCUCUGGGAAAAGCUUGAUGAUUAUGUCUACUAUGUUCGUUCAACAGGCAAUAUUAUUGAAUUUAUAUUUGGAGUGGUAAUGUUUGGAAAUGGGGCUUAUACUAUGAUGUUUGAGUCAGGAAGUAAAAUUCGGGCUUGUAUGAUGUGCUUACAUGCCUAUUUUAACAUCUAUUUACAAGCAAAAAAUGGCUGGAAGACAUUCAUGAAUCGUAGAACUGCUGUAAAAAAAAUUAAUUCACUUCCUGAAAUAAAAGGGAGCCGCCUACAAGAAAUAGAUGAUGUAUGUGCAAUCUGCUAUCAUGAGUUUACAACAUCUGCUCGUAUUACACCAUGUAAUCAUUAUUUCCAUGCACUUUGCCUUCGGAAAUGGCUGUACAUUCAAGAUACUUGUCCGAUGUGCCAUCAAAAAGUGUACAUUGAAGAUGAUACCAAGGAUAAUUCAAAUAUAUCUAACAACAAUGGAUUUAUCGCACCCAAUGAAAAUCCAGAGGAAGCUGUAAGAGAAGCUGCUGCUGAAUCUGACAGGGAAUUGAAUGACGACAGUUCAGACUGUGAUGACGACGCUCAAAGAGAAAGAAAUGGAGUGAUUCAGCACACAGGCACAGCAGCUGAAGAACUGAUUAAUGAUGAUACUGAUUAAAAUAGCAUUUACUAAUCAUUGAGGUAUUUGUUUAAAAUUCAGUUCAUCCAAAAUGGAGUAAUAUGCUUCACUUCAGUGUGUAACCAAGCACAAAAACAGUAUCAAUGUUGAAUCUGUGAAUGGUUUUCCGUUUACUGUGAUGUGCUACUGUAAAUAUACCUCUUCAAUUACUUCUGGUCUCUUUGGUGACCUAUUUAAAUUUGUGUACAUUAUUGUACAUAGAAUAAAAUUUUCACAUUUUUAUGACAAAUUUGAACAAAUAACUUUUUAAUAGAUGUAAUAAUAUGGUGCGUCAACUGUGCCAAAGAUUCCUCAAUGGAAGUAUAUAAUGUAUCUAACUCUGGACCCUAGUUUUUCUUUAAAAUGGAUGGGAGAGAAUAAAAAUGCAAAUCAGGGGAAACCGUAUUAAAUCAAAGAAAUCAGAUAAUUUGGACCAACCAGAGGAUAAAUGCUAAAUGUAGAGUAUUUUUAAAACUAAGGAAAAAAAUAGGCUGCCAGAAGUGAUUGAGACACUUUUUUGAAAUUUGAGAGUAGCAUUGUGGUCGAGCUGGGUUUGAAAGUCACAAUUCGGAGAGUGUGUGAGUUGAGAAACAGGCUUAUUUAUAUAUCAACUAACCUUUGGUAUAAACCAGGAUGUGCUAUUUUUGAUGUAAAAAUCACUAUAUUUGUUAGCCAAUCUGUUUGCAGAGUUGACAUAAAACUGUCCUUUUGAACUUUUGAAGAGAUUACAACAUGAAAUAUUUGGGGGAUUUCACUAUUUUAAACUAAGACAUUAAGUGACUUUAAAAAAUUCUCAUCUGACUUCAUGGGUGGCAUACAGUGAUAUAAUACCUCUUUAGACAACUUCCAGAGAAUUCCUUUAUUGAAACUUUUAAGUUUUACCAUGAAAUUUUAUGUACAUGAUGGAAAAACGGGAGACACAUACCAGUUACAUGUCAGGAAAAAAUAUUUUAAUAGUGUUGUUAUAUAGCGUAUUGGCUAGUUCCAGUGGAUCUUCAUCUCUUACUGCUGACAUUAUUUCCAGUAUUUGACUAAAACAGAACAAAAAUGGAUGGUUACAUUUCUAAGUACAUAUUCUGUUUUAAAGGUAUUAUCUUUUUUCACAUAAAGGAAAAGAUACUGUUUUAGCAUCUUUUAACAUAAAAAGCCGAGCAGGCGUUAAAGUUUUCAGCAACGUUAACAGAAAGUUUAACUGCUAGGAUAUUUAAAACAGAGCAGUUAAAGACAAAUUUCUGAGACAGUCUUGCAUAUAACUAGAGCCAGGCACCAGGUUCAAGUAAAUUACAAAACCAGCCCAUAUUAUGUGUACCACAAUUACGGAAUUAACCCAGUGGAAAUGAAGAGUCCUUUUAAACUGUGGGUUAAUUACACAUUAGUGGGUCAUGAUGCGCUUUUAAAAAAUAAAAAGGAAAAGCACACUGCAUUUAGUAAGGCAAGUACUGUUUCAUUUUUGUUUGGGUUUUAUUUAUACAUGCAAGUGUACUGAGUCACAGUGUGGUACUGUGGGGAUAGCAGUUAAAGUUUGAAAGCCACUGCUUAGAGAACUGGUCGUAAAGGACAGCAAGAAAUUGCUGCAUCACCACCAGCAGACUGACAACAAAGGAAGUUAGAGCAAGUUACUUAGAACAAUGUAUGGUUAUUGGGGGGGAUGGAGAGAGAGAACGUCCUAUGUUUUCCCCUUCAACAGAAAGGUGUGAAUCUUUGUUUCUUUGCCUAGAAUAAUAAUUACCAGUAGCUGUUUUCUAGCAAUAUUAUAUGUAGACAAUAUUUCUUAUACAUGAAUUAGAAAGUUCAAAGUCAGAAUUAGACAUUGAAAUAUUCUUUGUCUUAAGCUUUUUGUUCCCUUUAUGGGUUUUUAAAAUAUGAACACCUAAAGGAAUCAGGGACAGAGAUUACAGAUUAACUGGAACUUUUAAAUUCUAUAGGAGUAACAAAAGCCUUGUUUAUAUUAAAUGAACUGACUAUACAGUUUUUAUCUGACAGUCCAAAUAGGCUAAAAGCAAAUCUGUUAACACUGAAAGUGACACUAAAGAUUCAAUUUUCUUAGCAAACUAGAUUUUUCUUCUAUUAACUACUUGGAAUUGGAAAUACAUAAUACUGGGAAAUCAGUAUGAUUCCUGCCACCAAUCUCCCUUCUGGUCCUUUCUCCACACUGAUACCAGUUAAUAGCUUUCCUGCUUAAAAUCCUUUGGGUUCUGAUAAAAUCUAAAUUCCUAAGGGUGGCACACAAAAGCCCUCACUCUCUGGCCUUACAGUACCUUCCCUAUCACUUACCGAGCAUCCUACUUUAUGCCACACUGCAGUCAUUGUUCCAAGCUCUUCUUCAGUCUGCCUUCGCUGAAGCUGUUUGUCUUGGUCUGGCCUAACUCCUGGUCCAACUUAGUAAACAGAUGAAAUGUCACCUUAGUUAAGCACUCCAUUUCCCCUCAGGGCAGGCAGCUGCUCUGUCCUAUGGUCCCAGUUAUAUGUUCAUACCUCUAUAACAGCACUACUAUCUUGGAUUAUACUUUUUAUCUGCUUGUUUGCUCUAGGAGGAUCCUUGUCAGACUUGGUUAAUGCCUUAACCAAAGUGCCUGGCACAGUAUACCUACUCAUCUGGUGGGAUGAGGGUGGGAACGGUCUUGAUUCUUCUGUGUAGUCUCAGUAACUUGUACCUUUCCUGAUAUUUGGCAAGAGCUCCAAAAUGUAUUUCAAGGAACUUAUAAUCUAAUGGGGGCGGGGGGGGGCAGAGAUCUCUAUACAAAUAAUUGGAACAUAAAACUCUUAACAGAUGGAGUUUAUAAAAAUGACUUUGUAAGUAGGAAUUAACUUGCUAAUUAAUAUUUCGCAUUAGACUAGGGGCAUGUGUAUUUCUGAAAUGCGGUUUAAAAUUUUUCAGUUUGCAAAUGUUGAUUUUCCCAAGCUCUGCCUACUCAGAACUGGUAUUCAUGAUUGCAGUAGAUACUCAAAAGCCUUCUUGGUUCUUAAUAGUCUGCAUUUAGAAACACCUUAAAAUUUUGUCUUGAAAAUAUGCAGCUAAAGUCAACAGCUAUACUUUUACUUAAGAUUAAGGCAGUGUGGAAAACCAAUUUAGAUACACUGUUGGCAACUACUUCCUCUAAGCUGGCUGCUGGAAAACUGCCAGUUUCUUGUCUCUACUGUCCUUUUAAAUCUCCAAAGAAUUACUGAAAUGUCUCUGGACUGAACUUGCAAGUACCUACAUUUCAUAAAAAUUACAAGUGUUUCUUUACUAAUCAGAGUUUAAAUAUAUUCCUCACCCUACAGAUUUUAAAACAUUCAGUUUUAAAGUCUUUGCCAACAUCAGCAUGUUAAUAAAAAUAAAGGAAAAUCUUUCCAGUGUAUCUUUAUAGAAUAAUUCUUUAUUUUUCUGCUCACUGAAUUUUAGAUCUGGCUUAUCUAAUAUAUUCUUACCUGUUAAAACUACUAAAAAAAGAUGGAGCAUAUUAAAGGAAUUACUACAACAAUCCUAUAUUAAUUUUUAUGAAUGUGUGAUAAAUAUAUCCAGUUGCCCGAACUGGUAAGCCAUACUAGAUUGAUACAGUCAGAUUUAAAUUACUGCUUGUGCAACAAAAGAAACUGGAUGACAGGCCCAUUAAAAUAAACUUUUCCUAUAAAUUACAAUAUGCUGUACAGCUCCUUGGCAGUUAGAUGUGUAAUACCGCCCUUUUCACAUGUGCUCUGUAUUAGUUUAAAAAAUGAUUCUGAAUUAGUUUUUUUUUCCCUAGGAAAUAAAAUUCUAUAAAGUUCUGCCCUUUUUCUCGGUUGGAAAAAGGAAAUCAUUUCUAUAAUUUGUCCUUUUGUUCAGAGGCUUAAAGAACUGUGUUAUUUCUUAGGUUCAUUCAAGCUGUCAAAUCA